AUGGCGUCCGCAGAUGAUGGACAGGGUCCUGCUUCGCGACCAUCAGCAACGGAAGGCCCCCAGCAAACCUGCAGCCCAGAACCAGUCGAGCCCGUCCUUGAAAUGGAAGAAAUGCUAGUGGCGCGUUUGACACAAGGGUUGGACCAUUGUGAUUGGGAUCAGCUACAAGAAAAAUACACCUAUGCUAUGGAUGAGCAUAGUCGCGUCGAGGAAAAUUUUCGGGUGCAGACUACCAAAUUGCUCGAUGCUUUCACAUCAUGGUCCCAAACAGCCGUGCUAAAGGACGAGCAGCGGGCCUUGAAGAGAUUUAAGACACAGAUGGAACACGUCCAGAACUCCGAGGUCAAUGUGGAGAAUAAGAAGAAACAUUAUAUGGAAGUGGUGAAAGCAUUUCAAAGUGCGCUGGCCUUGCUGAAUGAGCAGUCGAGGAUUUGA